AUGCAGAAGCGCACCAAGAUAAAUAUUGCCAUCUUCGUGGUGCUGGUGGGUAUGGCUUGCAUGUUCACUGCGGUGGUAACGGACCACUGGGCAGUGCUCAGCCCGCGGGUGGAUAAAGUCAAUGAGACCUGCGAGGCUGCCCACUUUGGCCUCUGGAAGCUGUGCAAGAAGUACAUCUACAUCAGCUCGGAAAACUACGUGGAGGGGCGCGGCUGCGGACCCAUCAGCCUGCCUGGAGAGGAAAACUGCACUUACUUCAGACACUUCACUCCGGGGCUGGAUGCUGAGAUAUUUGAAUAUAAAACACAGAAAGAGUACAACAUCUCCGCUGCAGCCAUCUCUAUCUUCAGCCUGGCCUUCAUGAUCCUGGCCUCUCUGUGUUUGAUUGGAUCAUGUACCGGUGGAGGCAAAGGACGAGACUACCUCCUGAAACCUGCUGGCAUGUUUUACGCAUUUGCAGGCCUCUGCGCCUUCAUCUCACUUGAGGUGAUGCGACAGUCAGUCAAACGCAUGAUCGAGAGCGAGGACACAAUCUGGAUCGAGUACUACUACGCCUGGUCCUUCGCCUGCGCCUGCACUGGCUUCAUCCUCCUCUUUCUCUGUGGCAUCGCCCUUCUGAUCCUCUCCAUGCCCCAGAUGCCCAGGAAUCCUUGGGAGACUUGCAUGGAUGCCGAGCCAGAACAAGUGGAGUGAAAAGCCAGACAAACAGAUGAAUGAGAGAUGAGAGGUGACCGUGUCUUACGUUUUUGAGUACAGAUGUUAGAUUCAUUUCAAGAAUAAGAGCUGGCCAUAAAGGGGUAAGGCCAUGAUGGAAGAAACUGGUUUGGGUGUUGGUGGACAAUAGCCAUGGUGGGAAAUUUACCUCCCUGCAAUUAUACAGUCACUUGAAUAUGGGCCUUUUUGUCAGUUCUGAGUGUUUGCCUUGUCCAGUCUGUCCACCCAGAGUGUAAAAUACAAAAAUCCUGUCCAACACCUCCUAUGAUACAGUUCAUUGGAAAUGGAGACCAGAGCUCAAAUCAGACCUGAGGCAUGAAAAACACCACACUUCUGCCAAACUGGGUCACAUACCAUUUGCAAUUACCAGUAAGCACUGACCAGUUUGUUAGUGUGUAAAAAGAAGUAAAAAGAACAAUUAGAAAUGAUUUAUUUCCCAAAUGUUAGCAUUAUGCACACCUUUGUUGAACAGACAUACUGGUAAAGUUUUAGAUUAUUAACAUUUGAGAGUAGCAUGCACGCAGCCAUGGCCUGACAGCUGCAGUAGGCGACCACGUGAUUUUAUGUGCUGCAUUAUGUAUAUCUUGUACAUAUCUAAUGUUUGUCUGUUGAUUUUAUUUUAUUUUUUUUGAUACGGGAUUGCUCAAGGAAUCACUCACUUGCAAUUAAGAAGAGAAGUGUAAGACAUGUAUUAAGAUGUUAAGUUGUACAUUUCUAGGAUUUAUAGAGAAACUUCACACAUGAACAGAACUUUGAGAAUGAAUAUCUGGUUUCAAGCAGAGCAGUCAUACAGAGCAGGUUAGUGUGUGUGUGUGUGUGUGUGGCAGGGUGAAUGCUAAACACCCGCUCAGUCUGCAGCACUGAUCAUGUUGGAAAAGGUUCAGCUCUAGCAGGUGCACAUACAAGGCCGUUUACUUUUUGUUGACAACUCCCAAACCUAACUGAUACAAAAAAAUCUCUGUUCACGUUCACGCGUCAUCAUGGCCCGUUUCAAACAGCAGUUUGAAGUGACCAUUUUCUUAGAACAAAUGUGCCGAAAUCACGAAAACCCACAUGGUAAAUGGAUUUAUAUGGUGCUUUUCUGCUGCUGACCACUCAAAGCGCUUUACAACACGAGCCUGCAUUCACCCUUUCACACAUGGUAGUUAGGCCACUUGCUCAUCGCGAGCAUUAGCGCACUCACACACCUGAUGCACAACGUCGGGAGCAACUUGGGGUUUAGUACUUCGACAUGUAGAUACUUCGACAUGUAGACUGCGUGGAUGACCACUCAUCAUUCUGUUAUCCAGCUGCAUGCAUCAGCUUUCACAAAGCAACGCUGCACAUCAUAUUAACGUGCAGUUUGACAAUGCUGGUCAGCUAUGGCCUUGCAAACACUACUUCGUGAUGGAGUUUUUUCUCCAUAAGAGAUUAAAAUACAGCGAGCAUAAAGGAAAUGCGGGUUGGUGUUCAAACUGUUUUGGUCCAGUUGGGUUUGAGAAGCUCCUAUAAUAAAAGUACUCAGAUCUGUCAGUAAAAGUAGCAAUACCACGGUGCUACAAGUAAAAGUCCCAUAUUCAAAAUUUGACUUAUUAAGUAUUAGCAUCAAAAUAUACUAUAAAUUACUAAAUUACAUUACACAGGAUGAAUGAAUGAAUGCUGUUUAUUGGUUGAACUUUUCUUUUUUUUUUUUUUUUAGCAAACUGUGCUGCUGUUUGUGAGAGCUGCAACAUCCAAGUUAUGUU